AUGACGGAUAUUUUAAAUAAUGAUUUCGUUGAUAAAGAUAGCAAGAAAAAGAAGCAGAUUUUCGUUGCUCAAGAACAUCAAGCAGAUUCACUCGAAAAAUCAAAAAAUUUAUUGAAAAAACAACAAAACAAAGAUGAAGAUUCAGAAUUAUUACCAUUGGAAAAUGAAUGGUCAUUUUGGGAAGAUCACUACACAAACAAUAACAAUUCAAUUGCUUCAAUUGAUGAAUAUUUAAAUGCUUUAAAACAAUUAUAUUCAUUUUCAACAAUUCAAGAAUUUUGGUUAAGCUUUAAUAGAAUACCAAAUAUUUCAAAGUUACCAAAUAAUUCAUGCUUUCAUUUAUUCAAAAAAGGAACAAGACCAAUUUGGGAAGAAAAUGAAGAGGGUGGUGAAUUUGUUUUAAAAGUUAAAAAAUUUCAAACUGAUGAAAUCUGGAAUGAGUUGGUAUUAUCUGUAGUUGGGGAGCAGUUCAGUUCAUACUUACCUGAUAACGAUGAUAUUUGUGGUAUUUCUAUUAGAAAGAAACAAGGUACCGAUUUCAAUAUGAUUCAUAUUUGGAACAAGAAUACCAAUGGUAGAGAGGACAUCCCAAGAGCUAUUAAACAUUUAUUCCCACUUUUAUUGGAUGAGUGUAUGCAAACAUUCUACAGAGAGCAUGGAAAUAAACCACAGCAAGCAUUACCAUCUCAACAACAAAUUCGUAUGCAACAAUUAAAGAAUAUGAAUAAAUCUGCAUCUGUAUUAAAGCCAUCAUCAAAUGCAUUUGUUCCACGUAAAACUGUUCGUUUCAGUUUACCAAAAUCAAAAUCAGAAUCAGUUAUUGCCAGCCCAACAUCAACUAGAAAUUCAAGUGAUAAUAAGCAAUCAAAGAAAUUAAUAUCAACCGAAGAAGCCUCACCAGGUAAUUUUGAUUUAAAGCCAAUCCUUUCAAACAAAACCGCCAAAAUACCUGUUUCUAUGGGCCAAAUUAAAGAUUUAAAACCAAAACCAAUUAAUUUUGAUGAUUUUAAUCAAGAGGAUGAAGGCUUAAGAGACGACUGGGUCGAAGAAAAGAAUAAAGAAUUUGAAAAAGAAAUAGAAAAAGAAAUAAAAAAAGAAGUUGAGAAAGAAAUACAAAAAAGAAGACCUGAAGGUGUUGAAGACUCUGAACUAGAAGAAGAGGAGUUGGGUCAUGAAUACUCUCCAAUUGCAAAUGAUGAAAUCGUUCCAAAUUUAUCAUAUAACAAUUAUAAGGAUGAAGUUGUACCAGAAACAAAUCAAAAUGAUAAUGAAGAUUUAAUCCACCAUGGCUAUAGUGACGAAACCGAAUUACCUGAGCUAAAGAAACAAAAAAUCAAUUUUGACUUUGAUCCAGCCGAAAUAUUGAAUGAUCCAGUAAGCAACCUCGAAAAAUUAGUUCAAGAAGAAGAAGAAGAAGAAGAAGAAGAAGAACUACCAAAGAAAAAGAAGAGACAACAAAAAAAGAAACAACAAAAAAAACAAAAACCAAUUGAACAAGAACCAGUCAAUGAAUCAAUUGAUAACGAAAAUGGUGCUCUCGAUGAUUUAUUAAGUGAAAAGGAAAUUAAACAAUUAAAUGAAUUUCUUAAUCAAGAAAAACAACAAGAGCAAGAACAACAAUUAAAAGAAACUAAAGAUUUGUUAGAAAAAGACUUGGUUCAAGAUGAAAAAGACAUUGAUGAAAAAUUAGAAAAGGAACAAUUAGAAAAAAGUAUUGACAAGGAUAUUGACGACAUUGUCGAUGAAUUAUCAGAAAGUGAAAUCGAUGAAGAAUUAAAUGAAGAAAUUGACUCAUGGGAACAAGAAUUAGGUAUUGAAGAUCCAGGCCAUAUAUUCCGUGAAGGCUUUAAAAGUGAAUAUAAAGAUGAACUCAAAAAAAAUUUAAAAGAAGAUAUAAAAGAGGUAGUUAAAGAAGAAAUUAACGAAAUUGUUGAAAAUUCAAAAAAACAACAAAGACAACAAGAAUCAAAAGAAAAAGAAAAACAAAAGCAUGGAAUUAAAUAUGACAUCCUAUCCGACCAACCAACCAUCGAAGAAGAAGAAUGGUAA